UGUCACCAGCACGUGUCAGCUCUGCUUUGCGGCACACACAGUACGCACCCCUGCCGGCGUUGUCCGGCUUCCAGAAUUGCGCCAGCGCGCUCCCUCUUUCUCACUCCCAUCGCUACUUUCUUCUCCACAAACCGCCCCCAACCCGGCACCUCCUCCACCCCCUUCUCUCCAUUUGUGUCUUCUAAUAAGUAUUCAUUGAUUGCCCUCUAAUUAUUGCCCAUAACGAAAACAACAACCUUUAAAGUAGUGCAAGAAAAGAGAUAGCGAGAGCCUCUUCUUUCUUAUCACCCCUCGAAGCCUGUCCCAAUCUCCUUCCAAUCCGUCUGCGCCGCUCCAAUUUAAUUUAUUCUUGUGCUUCUACAUGCCAUGGUAUGCGGAUAUAGGGGAUCUGAUGCGAGAUCGGGAGGGUUUUAGGGUUUUUGGGUUGCUUAGGGUUGCCUCCCUGUAAAUAUGAUCAAGCAGAUUCUCGGCAAGCUGCCCCGCAAGCCCUCCUCCAAAUCCUCCGCCGCCGCCGACUCUCCCGACGGCCUCAUCGCCUCCCCGGGCGCCCCCGCCGGCCUCCCCCGCGCCGCCUCCUCCUCCGGCCGAACCCCGAAUUCGACCUCCGCUGCCGCCGGCAAAUCCGCCUACGGAAAGAAGUCCUCCUUGCAGCCGGCCGGCAGCAACGGCCAUGGUAGCGCCGCCGCCGUGCAGACGCUGGUCUACGAGCCGCUGCCCAGCUUCCGCGACGUCCCCAGCUCGGAGAAGCCGAGUUUGUUCUUGAAGAAGAUGACCAUGUGCUGCGUGGUGUUCGACUUCACCGACCCCACCAAGAACCUCCGGGAGAAGGAGGUGAAGCGGCAGACGCUGCUGGAGCUCGUCGAUUAUGUCGCCACGGCGACCACCAAGUUCAGCGAGGCGGCGAUGCAGGAGGCGACGCGGAUGGUGGCCGCCAACCUCUUCCGCACCUUGCCCUCGUCCGUCUCCGACUCCACCUUCCGUGGGCUCCCCGAGGGUUUCGACGCCGAGGAGGAGGAGCCCGCCAUGGAGCCCGCCUGGCCCCACCUCCAGGUCGUCUACGAGUUCCUGCUGCGGUUCGUCGCCUCGUCGGAGACCGACGCCAAGCUCGCCAAGCGCUACAUCGACCAUUCCUUCGUGCUGCGCCUGCUCGACCUAUUCGACUCCGAGGAUCAGCGGGAGCGGGAGUACCUCAAGACGAUUCUCCAUCGCGUGUAUGGCAAGUUCAUGGUUCACCGCCCCUUCAUCCGCAAGGCCAUCAACAACAUCUUCUACCGCUUCAUCUUCGAGACCGAGAAGCAUAAUGGGAUCGCCGAGCUGCUGGAGAUACUGGGAAGCAUAAUUAACGGGUUCGCUCUGCCGCUCAAGGAGGAGCAUAAGCUCUUCCUCGUUCGCGCUCUCAUCCCGCUUCAUAAGCCCAAGUGUGUGGCUCUCUACCACCAGCAGCUCUCCUACUGCAUCACCCAGUUUGUGGAGAAGGACUUUAAGCUGGCGGAUACUGUCAUCAGAGGGCUCCUGAAGUACUGGCCGAUCACCAAUAGCUCCAAGGAAGUCAUGUUUCUUGGGGAGCUGGAGGAGGUUCUGGAAGCCACUCAGGUUGCAGAGUUCCAGAGGUGUAUGGUGCCCUUGUUCCGACAGAUUGGCCGUUGCCUAAACAGCUCGCACUUUCAGGUAGCAGAGCGAGCUUUGUUUCUUUGGAAUAACGAUCAUGUCAGAAACUUGAUCACCCAAAACCGGAAGGUCAUCCUACCAAUUAUAUUCCCAGCUCUGGAGAGGAACACCAGGAGACACUGGAACCAGGCUGUCCAGAGCCUGACACUGAAUGUGAGGAAGCUCUUUUUAGAUGCUGACCAAGAGCUUUUUGAGGAAUGUUUAAUAAGAUUCCAAGAAGAUGAAGCAAAGGAAAAAGAGGUACAACAGAAGAGGGAGUUAACUUGGAAGCGAUUGGAAGAUGUUGCAGCAUCCAAAGCUGUCAGUAAUGAACCCGUGCUUGUUUCUCGAAUCGUCUCUUCCCUUAGCAUGGCUUCUUCAAGCCCACGGGCUGCAAUUGGAACUUGACAAUGCUUGUUUCACUCGUAUGACUCGGUACAGGGCAGUGCUGUCCCUUGGUAGGCAGAUUCUGCUGGUGGUUUCCUAUAUUGGCAGACAAUCAUGAUAUGAAGAAAAUGGCAUUUUGAGGCUUCUUGGGUUGGAGUCAUUUUGCUUAUUACCAUCUUUUUAGGCCAUGAAAAAUGUAAGUGUGUGUAUAAUUAGAAAUUGUUAUAGAGAUAGAAAUUCGCGGAUUCCGCAUGAUAUUUUAUUUGUUCUUAGCAACAUAUGCUUGAGUUCAUUUAGUAGUUUUCUUCUGUAUUAUUUUGCUUCAACCGUCGGGUUCGUAUUUGUUCAUCUCGUAGGUAAGUCAUUGUUUGGGCUCUUUACAAUUUUUAAUACAAGAUGGACUUCUUCAUUCCUCCCUGGAUUGGGGGAAGGCUGCUUAUUUGUGA